GGUGCCUGGUGCAUUUUUGUGGCUUCCACAACCAACUCCUGAAAAAGAGGGAAGACGAGAGAAGAAGAAGGAGUAGGUUGAUGGAAGGAGGUUGAAUGAUUGUGUGUCAAGAGAGAGGAUGUUAAGGUAGACUGCUACUCCAAGAGCUCUGGCACUCUGUCCAAAAAGCCCUUGAGUCCAGAAAUCAUCUCCUAAGCCAUUCUCACAAGAGCAGCUUCAACAAAAAGUGGGGGCUGAAACCAAUUCCUCGAGUAAAUAAACACGGAGUGUGUUUGCAGCAUGUUUCCUGUAUUGAGCUAUCUACAGCACUGACUGGAUCAGAAAUAGGAAACAAGCUGUUCUAUCUAUGCUGCUCUUGAUGCAACAGUAUAGCUUUUUUUGUGUAAUGUCAUAAAAAGAGCUUCCCCUGGAGCAUCGUGUCAGCCAAAGAAGAAAAAAAGGAGAGAAGACACUGAAAAAGGAAAAGGCACAAACUGAACCUGGAGGAGGGAAGGAAAUAAUCCUGCAACAACCUCAUUUAGGACCUUGCUUUUCAACCUGUUUGCAGAACAGUGCUCUCUCUUUUUUUUUUUUUUUUUGCGAUCUGUCCAGGCAUGGGCUGGCUGUUGAGUCUGGGCUACGUGGCACUUAUGGUGGCUGAAGCAAUUGGCACAGAAAGGAAGCAGCACCAAGUGCAGCAUGGCCCCUGUAGCUACACAUUCAUCCUGCCAGAGGUGGAGCAGUGCCCAUCACCUGGAAACUUCCGGGUGGGCAAUUCCCUGCAAAGAGAUUCGCCCUCGCCCCCUGAUGCUGUCCAGACAGGGAAAAAGCUUGAAAGCCUGGAGAGUGCCACUGAGAACAACACAUUGUGGCUGCAGAAGCUGGAGAGUUACAUCCAGGAAAACAUGCGUUUGGAGAUGGUGGAGAUGCAGAGGAAUGCCAUUAACACUCAGACAGCAACCAUGUUGGAGAUAGGAACCAAUCUGCUUAGCCAGUCAGCAGAACACACACGGAAACUUACAAACGUGGAGACUCAGGUACUGAAUCAGACAAGUCGACUGGAGAUCCAGCUGUUGGAGUACUCUCUCUCCACCAAGCGACUGGAGAAGCAACUCCUGCAACAGACCCAAGAGGUGUCUCGUCUAAAUGACAAAAACAGAUAUCUGGAGGAGCGCUUCACUGCCUUAGAGGCCAGACACAGCCAAGAGCUACAGGCUGUCCAGCAGGAAAAGCAGCAGCUGCAGGAGCUUCUGGACAAGCAGAAUCGCCUGGUCACCGUGCUUGAGAAACAGCUGGCCAGUUCCACCCGCAACAGCACACUGCUCCAGCACCAGCAAGCUACUCUCUCAGAGACACUGCAGCAGCUACUGGCCAUGAUCGCCCAGUGCAACGAUAUUACCAGCCUGUCUAAGGUGAAGACAAGGAUUUUCAGAGAUUGUGCUGACAUAUACAAACAUGGAAUUACUGAGAAUGGAAUAUACAACAUUCAUCUCGCCAAUAGCACGCAAACAGUUAAGGUGUUCUGUGACAUGAAGACUAGAGGAGGAGGUUGGACUGUUUUUCAGCAUCGCUUUAACGGUUCAGUGGACUUCCACCGGAACUGGAAAGAUUAUAAAAUGGGAUUUGGAGACUCCUCAGGAGAACACUGGUUGGGAAAUGAUAUCAUCCACCUUCUCACCACAUCCCGGGACUACACUCUACAGGUCCAACUUAAAGACCUAGAGGGAAACCAGGCCUACUCUCAGUAUGAUCGUUUCUACAUCGAUGGAGAGGAAAGGAAAUAUAGUGUCCACGCUGAAGGUUUCAGUGGUACAGCAGGUCGCACCAGCAGCCUGACCCAUACAGGGACCAUGUUUAGCACAAAGGAUCAGGAUAAUGAUCGCUGCACUUGCAAGUGUGCCCAGAUGGCCUCAGGAGGAUGGUGGUUUGAAGCCUGUGGGCCAUCCAACUUAAAUGGCAUUUAUUACACUGGAGUCUCAAGUGUAAUGCGCUACAAUGGGGUCAAGUGGUACUACUGGAAAGGGCCGAACUCAAUAGUAACCAGAACCACUAUGAUGGUGCGUCCUGUGGAUUUCUAAAAAUAAAUGUCUUAGAGACAUAUGACUCUAGACAGCAAAGUUUCCAGUUAUAAUUAAGAUCUAUGCUCAUUUUUGUCCAGCUGCACUUAUAUAAACACUAUAUGUCCAACAUUGGGGAAUUUGUGACAUAGACAGCAAAAGAGUACCAGAAGGCUAUCGACACAGCUGAGACUCACUGACAUUUUAAGCAUUUUUGGAAUUUGUGGAACACUAUAUGAUUCAAUCUGUCUUGUUUGUUCUGCUUUGGCAAAAAAAGAGGACCCAGCUGCUUCAUCAGUACAUUAUUUUCCUGUAUAUAAAAGCUCAUGCAGUGUAGAAUGCAAAAGACUGGAAUUUCACAUCAGUGUUUGCUUGCAUACUUGGCUAGUGAAUUGAGCUCAUUAUAAAAUGUGAACCAUUUUUCCCCUUUCCUGAAAACAUCCCCUGUCCACUGUACAGCUCUGUUUUCUCCUCUCUGAGAAUAUAAAGUUUAUGAGUGAAGACUUCCAUAAAAAUGCAUGAGAAAGUAAAAAAAGUGUAUGUUUUACAUUUGCGUUCUUUUCUAUAAAAUAUAUAUUUGUAAUAAAAAAAAGGCAUGAAAUUGUGAUUGUAGAAAAUGAAAAAGCAUGAAGGCUACAAU